CCUUCCUUUCUUCCCUCCCGAGUCCUUGUGCUCUCCUUCGUCCUUUUCUUGUCUUCCUUCCAUCUUUUUUCAGUAUUUAUUGUCAUAGAUAGCUCUACACAUCAGAAACUUAAGCGUCCCGCAUGGUUGAAAAAUCACAAUAAGGGUGAAUAAAACUAAUUUCUGUUUUGAUUCGGCCUAUAUGCCUCUCAGAUUUGAGGUCAAGAACAACUACCUUCACCUUCUUGAAGCUUGCAUACAAUCCAAAUCCCUCACUGAAGCCAAGAAAAUCCACCAGCAUUUCCUCAAGAACACCAGCAACGCCGACAGCUCUGUGCUUCACAAGCUCACCCGCCUGUACCUCUCAUGCGAUCAGGUUGUACUCGCCCGCCGCCUGUUCGAUGAAAUUCCCAACCCAAGUGUGAUUCUUUGGAACCAAAUCAUCAGAGCUUACGCUUGGAAUGGACCUUUUGAUGGGGCUAUUGAUUUGUACCACAGUAUGCUCCACCUGGGUGUCAGACCCAAUAAGUAUACCUACCCGUUUGUGCUCAAAGCUUGUUCGGGUUUGCUGGCCAUAGAAGACGGUGUUGAAAUUCACAGCCACGCUAAGAUGUUUGGGCUUGAGUCUGAUGUGUUUGUCUGCACUGCUUUGGUUGAUUUUUAUGCUAAGUGUGGGAUUUUGGUGGAGGCACAAAGAUUGUUUAGUAGCAUGUCACAUAGAGAUGUUGUCGCAUGGAAUGCGAUGAUUGCUGGAUGCUCUCUAUAUGGUCUUUGUGAUGAUGCUGUACAGUUGAUUAUGCAAAUGCAGGAAGAGGGCAUAUGUCCCAACUCUUCGACAAUUGUAGGGGUUUUGCCAACUGUUGGUGAAGCCAAAGCCUUAGGCCAUGGGAAGGCAUUGCAUGGUUACUGUGUGAGGCGGAGUUUUGAUAAUGGUGUGGUGGUUGGCACCGGCCUUUUGGAUAUGUAUGCAAAGUGUCAGUGUUUGUUGUAUGCCAGGAAGAUUUUCGAUGUAAUGGGAGUCAGGAAUGAGGUAAGUUGGAGUGCAAUGAUUGGAGGGUAUGUUACAGGUGAUUGUAUGAAAGAAGCGUUAGAGUUAUUUGAUCAAAUGAUACUCAAGGAUGCUGUGGAUCCAACGCCAGUUACUCUUGGGAGUGUGCUUCGGGCAUGUGCAAAGCUGACUGAUCUCAGCAGAGGGAGAAAGUUACACUGUUACAUUAUUAAAUUGGGGUCUGUUUUAGAUAUACUGUUAGGCAACACACUUCUUUCGAUGUAUGCAAAGUGUGGGGUUAUAGAUGAUGCAAUCAGGUUCUUUGAUGAGAUGAAUCCAAAAGACUCGGUUUCUUUCAGUGCCAUUGUCUCUGGAUGUGUGCAGAAUGGUAAUGCAGCAGUGGCAUUGAGUAUUUUCCGAAUGAUGCAGUUGUCUGGUAUUGAUCCAGAUUUGACAAUCAUGUUAGGUGUUCUUCCUGCUUGUUCCCACUUGGCUGCUCUGCAACAUGGCUUUUGUAGCCAUGGUUACUUAAUUGUUCGAGGCUUUGCAACAGAUACCCUAAUUUGUAAUGCUCUUAUUGACAUGUACUCCAAGUGUGGGAAGAUUAGUUUCGCUAGGGAAGUUUUCAAUAGGAUGGAUAGGCGUGAUAUUGUCUCUUGGAAUGCAAUGAUUAUUGGAUAUGGAAUUCAUGGGCUUGGAAUGGAAGCACUUGGCCUGUUCCAUGACUUACUGGCCUUGGGUUUAAAGCCAGAUGAUAUAACAUUCAUUUGUCUCUUAUCUUCUUGCAGCCAUUCAGGGCUUGUCAUGGAAGGGAGACUCUGGUUUGAUGCCAUGAGUCGAGAUUUCAGCAUUGUCCCAAGGAUGGAACAUUGCAUUUGCAUGGUUGAUAUUCUUGGCCGUGCUGGACUUAUAGACGAGGCUCACCAUUUCAUCCGAAAUAUGCCAUUUGAGCCUGAUGUUCGCAUAUGGAGUGCUCUGCUUUCUGCCUGCAGGAUCCAUAAGAAUAUUGAACUUGGGGAAGAAGUAUCUAAGAAGAUCCAGAGUCUAGGACCUGAAAGUACUGGAAAUUUUGUUCUUUUAUCUAAUAUAUACAGCGCUGCUGGAAGAUGGGAUGAUGCAGCACAUAUUAGAAUCACACAGAAAGAUUGGGGUCUCAAGAAAAUCCCAGGAUGCAGUUGGAUUGAGAUAAAUGGGAUUGUUCAUGCAUUCGUUGGGGGCGACCAGUCCCAUCUGCAGUUGUCACAGAUAAACAGGAAACUAGAGGAACUGUUAGUGGAGAUGAAAAGGUUGGGCUACCAAGCAGAGUGUAGCUUUGUCUUCCAAGAUGUUGAAGAGGAGGAGAAGGAACAGAUCCUCCUUUAUCAUAGUGAGAAGCUAGCUAUUGCAUUUGGAAUUCUUAAUCUGAAGGCUGGCAGGCCCAUUCUUGUUACUAAGAAUUUGCGGGUAUGUGGUGAUUGCCAUGCUGCAAUAAAAUUUAUGACUGUCAUUGCAAAGAGAGAGAUAACCGUAAGAGAUGCGAAUCGGUUUCAUCAUUUCAAGAAUGGGACUUGCAACUGUGGAGAUUUCUGGUGAGAAAUGUUUUCAUACUACCUUCCUUCUUUUCAACGAAGAGAGUAAGCUACCUGUUCGGUAGAGAAAGAAAGGACCAGUUGGGAUCGACAGUAAGAUACCAGUUUGAUCAGCUGGCCAAAGAGCAUUCUGCUGGAUUCGUAGCACAUUCUUCUUUACUGCAGAAACCAAGGCACCAACUCAGUCGAUAUGCCUAAGAGGAUUCUCUCAAGUUUGUGGCACAUGUUAAGAGAUGGAUUCAUCAUCUCCCUCCUCCUCCCUGUCACACAACAUACACUCAUGUUCAGGAAGCAGAUCUAAAAGCAUUUUAUUGAGUUUGCGGAACAUGCUAAGUGGAGGAAUCCUCAGUUCUAUCCAAAAGGUUUAAUACGGCCGCCAACCAACCUUGACAAUGAAUUAGAAGGGAAAAGAAAACAGAGAAAGAGUUUUAUGGCUUGUUUGGCAAUGUUCUCGAAGAUAAUUCAUUAUUAUUUUCAUGAACAAAAUUCCAUUUGAGAAUAUAGUUCUAUAAAACAAUUUUCUCUGUCCUAUUUUCCAUGAACGUGCUAUGCAUUUUUGUUAAGUGCAA